UCUUAAAUUUAUGUGAUUUACAUAUAAUAAUUGUACUUCAUAAUUUUUUUAGGUUGAUAAGUUAUAUAUACUUUGUGACAAUCAUGCUGUUCAUCCGAUAGAACUCAUGGGAGAUGGGGUCUGGUACGACCCCGACUUUAUUCGCUUUGGGGAUAAUAUGGAAAUAUGUUGCUCCCCUGAAGACAACAACGUAACUUCAGUUGAUUACCGUCUAAAUAUGGCUAGCAUAGUUUCAGGUGAUGUUUUAGAGAAACCUAUUUUCCUUAUAAAUAAUAGUGACAUGGAAAUGUUCUAUCGAUGGGAAAAGCAGUCAGCAAUAUGUUCUACAUCUGAUCCAAAGAACAGCUGGUCACAUCUACCAACGGAAAACCUGACUAUUCAACCAGUCAUGGGUUCUCUGAAUGCAAAUUCAAUAACAUUUUUCAAAGUUGUUGUACAGAUGAAUGAUGUGGAGCCUGGUGAAUAUUGUACUACUUUACGGUAAGAAGGAACGAAGACUCAACAGAAAUGAUAGUUUCCUCACAAAUUUUUAAUAAUCCAAUAUUGUAUUGGCUUUUUUUUAAUGUGAAUGGCAGUGAUCCUAAAUAUCUAUUUUAUAAAACACUUGUAUAACUGUGGUUCAGGCUAUAC